AAGACCUUGAGUUUCUAUAUGUGUGUCGUUUACACAUUGUAAAACAUCCAGCCUCCCCUCAUCGCAUCUACUUUUCCCCCUUCCCUGUCAUAAGCCCAUUUCCUCUUUACAUCGCUUAAUAUUUGAUCACCUGGCAGACAACAAAAUGCGCGCGUAAACAACCGUUAUUAAACGUAAAACGUAUGGGUAAACUGUUGACACUUUACUGGCCUGCACUCAUCAGGCGUCACUCGCGGUUAGUGCGUGCAUCAUCUUGACAGACUGAGUCCGGUGUUCUUUCUUUUUUUGUCGAAAAAAAUAAUAUUUUGCCUUAGGUGUUUUUUUUUAACUGAGACACCAUACUACCAGCUGGAUGUUGAUGGGAGUCUGACCAACCAACCCGGUAUAAAAAGACGUGACAAUUCUGCUGCAGUAUUGAAGUUUUUCCUUGAGAUAACAUUUUGGACUUCUUCGCAAAAAAAUCUCCCGUUGAUUGGCAACUUUAUCCCGUUUUGAUUUUGUGGCUGUUUGUUAUCGCUUGCUACUAUCGACAACUCAGACGCUUACAUCCCUUCAAACACGGUAAAAAAUGGCAAACUACCGUCUCAUCCUCGAGGCCACCUGUCUCCUUGUCCUCCUUAUAAACACCGCCCUCUACGCCGAGGCUGCUGAAAAAUACUGCGAUGAGGAUUUCCACAUGGCCGUCUACAGAACGUGUACAGAGCACAAGCGCAGUGGGAGAUCCGCCUUCAGCUUGAACGACUUUUUCCGAAGUAACUCAAAACGGACCGCUGGAUCUCCCCGACAAGACGACGACUUUUUCCUGACUAUGCAGAAGAGACCUGAGACUUACGUUGGAAUGGGAUCCUACUGCUGUUUGGUGGGGUGCACACGUGACCAACUAUCACAAGUCUGCUAAAACUUAAAGAAAUCCCCCAUUACCACUUUUUGAAACCCCUUGACAACGGAACACACCCAACACUCCAGUUCUAUUAAUAGCUUUGUCAUGAACAAAUUUAAGCAUAGCCCAACCACAUGGUUGGAACAGCCCCAAAGUAAGUAAUUUUUGCAAUUUCUAUUGUCCCUGCUCUAUGCUCUAUGAUAAUAAGCGACGUAUAAGGAUAUUUAGUUGACUAUUUCAUGGGUGGCUUUUUAUCAGAGAUGCAAUGAAGUACUUAUCGACCCCUUCCCAAUGGCGUCACCCUUGCCCAGUGCCCUCACUGUGGCCAAAAAGUGACCUCACGAAGGCUAAGAAGGCAAUUGGAUGGACGAAAGCUGUUCUUACGUGUACGUGACCUCUGUUACGUUUUACAUGUAUACAAGGGGUCUAUUGUUCAUCAACGAACCCUAUCUCUUGUUAAAAAGAGGGUUAAGAAAAAGACAACUGUCAGAAACGGGAAGUAAGGAAUUUGACUCUCAAAUAAAUAAUUACGAAAAAAAUAUAAUUACUCGCUUUAAAAUGCUUUACCGACCAAAAUGACCUCUGCAUAAGAUAUGAUAGGCCUAUUUAAAAAAAAACUAAAAAAGCAACAAAUAGUUUAUGGCCUGUAUGCAUAGAGCUAUGCCUGUAUGACGUUUUGACCCAAGCACAAUCCAUCCUUUCUCGGUCAUUUAGCCUUCGAAAAAAGACUCUGCUAUAUAGGGUAUUUUUUGUAAAUACUUAAGUUCAACUAUAAUUUAAAAACAUGACGUCGCUGACCACCAUCUUUGGUGUACAAUGGAAAAGUGCACGCGAGUACGCGCUGCACACAAUCAGCCAAUAAUAGCCUUUCGCACGUGCACAAUAUCAAAGAUGGCGGUCAAGGUCUACACAGCAUUUUCUCAUUGAAUGCUCCCCCUAUGUGAACAGAGACGUUGUAUACCAAACAGAUCUGAGACCUUUGUUUGUAACCUGUACGAAAACGCUUUGCUGGAAUUUGAGAUCGAGUGAUAAGAUCGUGGAGUGUUUUUGUGGGGGCGAGUGCAAUGACACGCCAGUGUUAAAUGAUUAGGCUCUUCCAAACCACGGCUUGGGCUUAGGCUUCCGGCUUAGGCUUGGGCUUAGCACUUUCUCUCACACGUCUUCAAACAGACAGACGGAGCUUAUCAAGCCUGAGCCACAAGCCACCUGGGACAGGGCUUCGGGAGCCGAAGCGAAAGCUGUGGUUUUGAAACUAUCAGGGUCUAUGUUGAGUGAAGAUGGAGGCACACUGUGACAGUUCUCCACUUUUAGGCUUUUGGUACAAUCUUAAAACUUCCGGGUCAGAAUUGAUCCACAUUCAGAGUCCAGUGCCUGGUGUCUGAUGCCUGACCCAUUUCUGGGUCAUACUGACCCAGAAAAUGAGUCUUGAUGACCCAGAAAAGGGUCAAGUACACACUGAGUUAAGACCCCAAUUUUAAACCAUGUUUCUUGGCCAACCUGACCUAGAAAUGGGUCAGCUCCAUCACCCGGAAUCCGGGUCAAUAUUAUUCUGACCCAGGAGAUUUUAGAGUGCCUCUUGUUAUGUAGGCUAUGCAGGUAUCAUUAAGUAAAAUCAUGCUGAACUAUGUCUUGACUGUUAUUCCAUUUUUGUUUCAAUUUCACAUCCCUGACCGUGAUUGUAAGGAUAAUCCGAGCUGUCUCUCUUCACCACACUAAAAUAAUGAAUGAAAUGACUGAUUUACAGGGAGUGAGUGUUUGGGAAUAUGUGCAAAGGCUUGACCAAGUUUUGUCGUACCUCUCGUAUGAGUGUGAGAUGCUUCUGGAAAAGUGUGUCCAUAGGAAUAAUUUGCCUAGUCAGAGAAGAAGGUGGUGAAAAGCUUCCACCAACUGCUGUGGACGUUGGGUGUGGGGUAGGGGGGCAAAUUAACUCCAUCGAGAUACAGUAGUAUACGGGAUGGAUGUAUUUCGUAAAUGUAUAUACUUUUCAACAUCUUUGAAUUAUGACGCCAUCAUUAUAAUAAUGAUUAUUUAUCUAUAAUAUUUAUUGAUCAAUGUUAAACCAGAUGUAGAAUAUUUCUUCAUUAUGCAGAGUAGUAAAUAGUAGGAAUAUAAGUUUUUAAGUUUGAGGAGUAAAAAAUCUAGUUAUUUCAAAAUUGCAUUCCAAAUCAUGGUUUAUGUUAACUUUAAAAACAUCUUGUGUUCAACAGAAAGUAGGCUUUGGCUUUGAAGAAACCAAUAAAAGGAAAAUAAAUGAA